UUUUAUAUGAAACAUUUAAUUCUCAAAUUUGUAAAUGCAAGACCCUCUUGGAGUCUAUGGUUUACCAUAACUCUUGACAUAAAAUCAAUGGAUUUUAGUUCACAGUUCCUGUUUUUUUGUUAGCUUGAAAUUACUUGCUUAAAUUUUACAUAUUUUUCCUAGUAACAGGAUAUCUUUGUACCUAGAUCUUUAACAAGCACUAGUGUUCAGUUAUUUAUACUCCAACAUAUUGCUACAGUAUUUCAUUUCUUAUAUUAUCAAUUUUUGUUUUAAAAUUCUAUAAAAAUUAUUAAAACAUCUAUUAAAAUAAUGAAUGGUUCCUUUUGCAAAAUCAACUGAGACUCUUAUAAUGUAACUGACUAUUGAAGAUCCUGGAAAAACAUUUUCAAUCAUUUUUUCAAUAUGUGCAGUAAUUUAAUACAAUUAUGUAUUAUAGUUACAUAGAAAUUAGGCAAAUAUAAUCACUGCAGGAAAAAUAAUAUUAAACUAAUAUUUAACACACCUGUGUGAAAACAUGUUUAAAAAUACUAGCCCAAAUCAUGUCAUAAUGAGUUUCUGAAAGAUGUCGGGCAUGGUGGGUUGAUUCUGAGCUAAAAUGCUACAUUGGAUUGGUCCAAACGCUAAUGCUGGGAUUUCAAAGAUAAAUGAAUAAACAAUUAGGUCCCAAAAUGUUGAUGGCUUUAAAGAUCAAAAGCAGUUCUUUUGGGAAUUACUCCUUAAACUGUUAAAUAUAACAAGUUAUAUUUCUCUGCAAAGAUACCCUCUUUAGCAUAACUCUUAAUUUAUCAUAUGUAUUUAAUGCUAUAUACAUUCCUGUGUUUGCAGUGAGAAAACAAGGCUGUGAAAACCAGGUGUGCGGAACAGAUGUGCUAGUUAUGUACCAAAUUUGUUAAUGUUCAAACUUGCCUUGUCAACUGUAUCUUUUGUGUUUCCCCAAAAUUGUUUCUUUUGAAAACUGUUUUGAAAGUGUGGCCUGAAUUAUGAAAAUAUUUGAUAUUCUGCAUUAGAGAUCUCAAGUGUCAAUUACAACAUAGAACUUGUUGCACAGAAACCUAGUAUUUUGAAUCUCCAUUUUGUUAUCAGUUAUUUAUUUAUUUUAUUAAAACAUUUUUAGUUAUACAUAUUAAGAGUAAAAAUAUACAUUGCAUAUGCUCAGAAAAAUUAAUUUCUGGCAUUUUAAAAAUUUUAAUUAUAUUUAUAUCCAUAUUUAUCCUUGAAGGAAUUCAAGGAAGCUUACACAAUCUACCUCUUCCUUUCAGUCUUAUCUUUACAACAACCCAGUGAGGUAGGUUAGUCUGAGACUCUCUGAUGGGUCAUAGUCACCCAGUCACUUUUUUGGCUAAGUAGGGAUUAGAGCCUGGAUCACCUAGAUCCAAAUCCAACACUGGCUCUCUUUGCUGAUUUUGCUGAUCUAGUGGUGGUGAGUACAGGUGAUAUUUAUCGGUAAAUGAGCAAAGAAUAAAGUUUCAGUGUUUUAAAGGACAACUAAAAUGCCCUUGGAAAUUCUGAAGGGCAAAGAUUUUAAGAAUAAAAUACAUUGACACAGGGAAGCAUUUAAAACCUGACUUAAAGUUCUACCACUGAAUAUGCUCAUAUGGGGUCUUCAGAGCCAUUAAUCUCUGCCUCAGUUCCCUAAAUGGUCAGCACUUGAAUCUUGGAAUUCCUAGAGUUUUGUGGUCAGAUAAACAGCAGGAGUGGAGAAAUGGUCAGGGCACUCUUUCCUCUGUGUGUUUGGAUGUUAGAAAGAUUUCUAUAACUGAGUAAAUAUAUAAUUUGGUAUUUAUCUUAGUCAUUGUAUUUAAAUCAUUUAUUUUUAUGCCAAGCUCUUACAGAUAAUGAUUUUCUGCAGGUAUGCUUUCUUGCUGAUGUCUUCAGAAGAGUUGAGGAUUUCUGCACUUGUGCUUAGACUCAAAUGUUAGGAAUACUUAUCAAUAGUUCUUAAAAACGUAUCAGAGAAAUUGUGAAGGGAGCUUAGAUGAGUGUAUGUGGUUGGGAAGCAGGUGCUUCUAUAUUAGCCUUCCUAAUCUACACUCCUUAACAUAGUACAAAGUAUAUAUUAUGUCUUUACUGUGCUCUUGUUUACUUUUAAUAAAAGGUAAUAAAAAAUGGUUAGCUGAUCCUGAUCUAGCAAUAGUGCCUUGCCAAAGCUUUUCAGACUAAGACUGAUUUCAUUCUGUCUCAGAAGCUGCAAUCUUAUACUCAUCUAGGAAUGAGCUGUAGUGAACUUAAAGGAACUUCUGAGUAGGCAUGGAUAUGGUUAGGGUUAGGUAGAAGCAGCUGACUUCUUUACUCCUUCUCCUUUGAUGCACUUUGAGGAUUACAUGGGGCAGGCAAAUCAUGUCGUAUGCUGCUUGCUUUAGUAAGGGAAAUCCCACCAGGAAUUCUGCUCCCAUCUUUCCUGGUGGCUAGAUAAUAGAGUCUCACCUGAGGUGCCCCAUAUAUAGGAUUACGUUGUACAUGUAGUACUUAUUCUUGACCUGCACUGUCCUGUCUUUGAGUGAAAAAUAUAAGAAAAGCAAUAAAUGGUGAGUAGGAAUGCUGGGCCGGGCAAACAAUAUUUCAUUAUUUUAUUUUAUUUUUUUUUUUUUUUGCCAAAGUCUGUCUAUCCCAUUGAGCAGUCAAAAUGCUGCUAGAAUAGCAAUCAGAAAGUUCCUGCUCUCAGGCUUACAAUCUGAAAAGACAGGAGACAGUAGGAGUAAAUGAUGGCAGUAAAAUUAUGCUUGAUUUGGGAUGGGAAUAUUUGCCAUGGGAAUAUAUCAGUUGAACCUAGGUUUGCAUUGCAUCUGUUUUCUUUCUGGACUUGCCUGUUCAUUUUUUUCUCUCUCCUACAGUUUCUCUUUUGAGUUCAAGCCUGAGCUUUUUGCAUUUGCUAAGGGCAGGAUGUUUCCUUCUUGUGUCAUUUGAUGGAGAGAGGGGUUCCAUUGGGAGAGAAAUGGCAUUCCUACGGGGAAAUAUCAAACAGUAUAGCAUUGGAUCCGGAAUUCUAUGUCUGUCCUGUGAAACUUCUCACAAGGAUUGCAGUUGUGAUUCUGCAAGCAUUUAAGUUAAAGUCCCUCGUAAUUUUCGCUUGUUGGAAGAACUUGAAGAAGGUCAGAAAGGAGUAGGAGAUGGUACAGUAAGCUGGGGCCUCGAAGAUGAUGAAGACAUGACACUUACAAGGUGGACGGGCAUGAUUAUUGGGCCACCAAGGAAAGCUGACUUGUUGCCAGGGGAGCUGUACAUUUAUAUUCCCAGAUGGAUAGAGAACCAGACAAAUUAUGAAAACAGAAUAUACAGCUUAAAAGUAGAGUGUGGACCUAAAUAUCCAGAAGCACCUCCAACAGUUAGAUUUGUAACUAAAAUUAAUAUGAAUGGAAUAAACAAUUCAAAUGGAAUGGUGGAUGCACGAAGCAUACCAGUGUUAGCAAAAUGGCAAAAUUCUUAUAGCAUUAAAGUUAUACUUCAAGAGUUAAGGCGUCUAAUGAUGUCCAAAGAAAAUAUGAAGCUUCCACAACCUCCAGAAGGACAAACUUACAACAAUUAAUUUUAGCUGAAUCCCAAACUUGUCUUAAACAACUUCUACUUAUGUUAAUGUCUUGAUUCAAUCUCGCAAUUCAACCACCCACAUAUUAAGUUUCUGCUGGUAUUUGUGAUCUGGACAUUUGAAGGAAUAUGUAUACACACACAUAUGUAUGUAUGUAUAUGUAUUCCCCAUAUAUGUUCAGGUACAAUCAGAAAAAAAGGCAGCACAAUUUUUUCCUCUUUACCAAGGCACUCAUUUAAAGUAUAAGUCUGAAGUAGACUAAAAUUGGAGCACCACUGUUUCAAGACGAAAGCAUGACAAGGAAGUGUCAGGUUACUGUGGAAUAAUGUUUCAGAAAACUUUCUCAAGAAGAAAACAAAAAAACAAAUGGCAUGCUUUAUCCAUCUUGCUUUAGUAAAAGAGCUGCAGAUAAAAUUGUUUAAGUAGCAGGUACUUGCAAAUACCAUUGCUCGACUUGUUUAAUUUUCGCAACGGUGUGGGUGCUGACUGCUAGUAGUGUCACAGAAAUACGGUCAGGAUUGUUUUGAUACUUGUAUUUAUAAAACGGGGGAAUGAUUUUCUUUUAAGCGGCUCCUGUGUGUUACAUGUAAUGGACAUUGCAAAUAUUUGUUUACAGUCUUUGUUCUAAUAAACCAUGCAUUUAAGUUUUAGUGAAACAAAACAAAAAAAGGAAAUAGGUGUAUGGAUAUGUGAUUAAGAAUAAAGUUAGUCUGCAAAUGUAAAUAAAAUGUGGAACAUAUUC